AAAAGUACGUAGAGUACGUAGGCCAACAACCGCCCAUCCAACCAAGUAUCUGAAAUCUGUCCUCUCCUUUGAACUCUCAUAUCUCCUCUAUAUCAACAUCAGUAAUCACGAACGAACUUCAAACUCCGAAUAUUGGAGUUCGUCUGCGUGACUAUUUCUCAAAAACUCCGUCGCAGGCUGAACUUCCCACUACACACACUCUCACAUUCACCCCCCCAAAAUGCACAUCCUCCCCCACCUCACCCCCCUCCUGCUCGCCCUCCUCACUCUCACCCCCCCCGCCACCGCAGCCCGCAAAUCCGGCACCAGCGUCCUCCUCAGCCAAGUCAAAUCGCUCACUCUCCGCUCCACCGCCUCCACCGCGCACCGCCGCGUCCCCGCCAUCCCCCAGCUAAAAUGCAUGGGCGGAAACGGCUGCAGACACCACCAGGUCGAUGUGAUGCGCUGCAAGAACGCGGGCAGCGAUUACGACGAUGAGAAUAUCCAGUGGACGUGCACGGCUGAUUUGCCGGAGGAGUUUAAGCUGGGGAGCACGGAUGUCAUAUGUGAGGGUUACGAUGGGCCGGAGGAUCCGAGGGUGUUGAAGGGGAGUUGUGGGGUUGAGUAUCGGUUGUUGCUGACGAAGAGGGGGGAGGAGGUUUAUGGGGGGGGGGGACAUAAUGUAUUUUCUGGCCAGGAUGGCGAUGUGAGUGGAGCCGCGCAGGUUGUGUUCUGGGCUAUCUUCUUGGGCGUCGCGGCGUGGAUUGUGUAUUCGAUUUGGAAGAAUUGGGGUACGGAGCCGGCGGCACCGAGGAGGGAGCCUAGACGCGAUGGGUUCUGGGGCGGCGGUGGUGGAGGAGGAGGAGGGGGAGGAGACUAUCCGACCGAUCCCCCGCCACCUUACCCAGGAACGGGGAAGUCGUCGUCGGGACAAGAGGGGUGGAGGCCUGGGUUCUGGACCGGUGCUGCGGGGGGAGCGGCGGCGGGGUAUAUGGCUGGGAGUAGAGGGAAUAGGCAGCAAGAGAACAGAGGGGCUAGGGGGUGGUUUGGAGGGGAUAGGCAGCAGGAGCCUCGAGGGGGUGGAGGGUGGAUGGGGGGUGGUGGUAAUGGUUAUAAUUAUGGGGGACCUAGUCGGUCGAGUUCUGGAGGUUCGUCUAGUUCUGGUGCUCGUCAUGAGAGUACGGGCUUUGGAUCGACGACCCGGAGAUAGAUGGUGUAUCAGUAUAUAUAUAGACAGUGAGCAGACAUUUCACCUCAAGAGUUAAAAAGAUAUCAGCAAUGAAGCUGUAUUAAUUGUAUAUCUACUUCUAUGA